AUUAUUCUUCUGUGUCACACACGUAUAUGUGAAAUAGCCUAUAGCCCUAUAGUCCCUUUUGGACCUCUAUAUAUAUUGCUCUCUCAGAGUUCAUAUGUAAGAAAGAGCUAAAAAGUUUGUUAUUUUGAAUUUUGUUCAAGGAAAAAAAAAAAAAAAAAAAAAGGGGGUCUUUUUGAAAGAACAAAGUUAUUAAAGAAAGGUGAAAACUUUAAAAAAAUAUGGAGAUGGAAAGUGAUGUAGUGAUGGUGUCAAAAUUCAAAAGGAUUUGUGUGUUUUGUGGUAGUAGUCAAGGGAAAAAAAGUAGCUAUCAAGAUGCUGCUAUUGAGCUUGGCAAAGAAUUGGUCUCAAGGAACAUUGAUUUGGUCUAUGGAGGAGGUAGCAUAGGCCUUAUGGGUUUGGUUUCACAAGCAGUUCAUGAUGGUGGUAGGCAUGUUAUUGGAGUCAUUCCCAAGACACUCAUGCCUAGAGAGUUAACUGGUGAAACAGUAGGGGAAGUGAAGGCAGUUUCAGGUAUGCAUCAAAGGAAAGCUGAGAUGGCUAGGCACUCUGAUGCUUUUAUUGCCUUACCAGGUGGUUAUGGCACUCUUGAGGAGCUACUUGAAGUAAUUACUUGGGCGCAACUUGGUAUCCACGAUAAGCCGGUCGGAUUGCUGAAUGUGGAUGGAUAUUACAAUUCAUUAUUGUCAUUUAUUGACAAAGCUGUGGAGGAAGGCUUCAUCAGUCCCAAUGCUCGCCAAAUCAUUGUUUCUGCUCCAACAGCAAUGGAGCUGGUCGAGAAACUGGAGGAAUAUGUUCCUUGCCACGAAAGAGUUGCUUCGAAGUUGAGCUGGGAGAUGGAGCAGCUUGGCUACCCUCAAGCACAAGAAAUUGCACGGUGAAAAAAAUGGAUUUGCAAGCAUAGAAAUGUGGAUUAGGAAUUGGAAAUAUCAAACUGGAAGAAGCUAACUUGAAUGAAAUUCUUAAUUUUUGUUGUGUUGGGGGAUACCCUUUUUGUAAAUCAAUCUAGAAAUGACAAACAGCAUAUGUCUUGGUCCCUUCACAGGAAAUGUCCUUAUUUUACUGUAAGAUGUAACUACUAAGAUGCAUAUGAACUUCCCUUUUAAUGUCAACUUACCAAGCUUUCCUUUUUGCUCCUG